AUGACGCCAGAUGACAAUAUAAACAUUCUUGAUAGAUUGGUGAAUGCAAAUAGAGAAUAUAUAGACAUGACUGCAGAUGAAGAUGAAGAAAUUCUCGACGAAUUGAUGUCACAAAAUAAAAAACACAUUGGUUUGAUAACAGAUGAUAAAGGUAUUCUUUAUAAUGAUUUUAAUAUGAUGUCAGUCAAUAAAGAAUACUUUAAUUCGAGGGCAGAUAAAAUUUUGGAUGAACUGAUGUUAGGAAAUAGAAAAUAUCUGGAUGAACUUAUUAUGCCAAAUUAUAAAGGCAAGAUUGGGACUGAAAAUAAAGGAAAGGUCCAUCAGAAUACAGAAUAUAAGGGAAAGAUUAAUGAUCAGGGGACAGAAUAUAAGGGAAAGAUCUAUGAUCGGAGGACAGAAUAUAAGGGAAAGAUUAAUGAUCAGGGGACUGAAAAUAAGGGAAAGAUUAAUGAUCAGGGGACAGAAUAUAAGGGAAAGAUCUAUGAUCGGAGGACAGAAUAUAAGGGAAAGAUUAAUGAUCAGGGGACGAGUGAACAAAAGACAGAAAUAAGAAAAAUCCAUGAUGAAAAGAAGGAAAGUUGUCAAAAUAUUUGUGGAGAACAGAAGGUUGAAAGUCAACUCCUGGGUGAUGUGACAGCAAAUGAUCGCGAUAUUCUGGAUCAAUUAAUGAUCAAUAAUAAGGAACAUAUUGAUUUGAUAAUAGAUAAUAAAGAUGUUCUUAAUGAAUUAAUAAAUGACAAUAAAGAACAUAUUGGUUUGACAACAGAUGAUACAAAAAUUCUGGAUAAAUUGAUGACUGAAAACAAACAGCAUUUUGAUUCUAUGGCUGAUAACAAAUUCUUAAAGAUGGCUUUUCGUAUUUUUAAGAGUAAAAUCAAGCAAACUAUUGGUGGUUAUAAUGAAUUAGGCCUAUCCAUGUAUUCUUAA